AUUCAAUUCAAUCACUCGUCUGCUUCGAAGCUCAAUAUUCAGGUACAAACCAUCAUCAAUGGCGACCGAUCUCUCAAUUAUCCAUUUCUUGUUGCUAGCAGUGACCUUCGGUGGCUCUUCCGCAUUGCAUAGCCGAAGAGGACUGCAAACAAAAGAAAUGACUCAGAACCGGAUUAUUCAACUGGAGCAUCAAGUGCCGCCUAAUAGUAUUGAUCCAUCGCAAGUCAUUCAGCUGUCCUGGCAACCAAGGGUCUUCUUGUAUAGAGGCUUUCUAUCAGAGGAGGAGUGUGAUUACCUGAUAUCUUGGGGUCGGCGUACCAUGGGAGGCAACGAUUUGCCAGUUUCUAACAUGAAUGAUAUACGAGAGGAUCCUGGCAUCUCUGUUGAUGCAGAUGAUGAAAUUGCUAGAAGGAUUGAGGAAAAAAUUUCUGCUUGGACUUUCCUUCCUAAAAAGAACAGCAAAUCUUUGUCAGUUCUGCACAUUGGUCCAGAAACAUCUAAACAAGAUCAUCAUUAUUUUGAUACUGAAUCCGUGGAGCAAGUCGGACAACCUUUACUCGCAACAGUUAUUUUUUAUCUUUCAAAUGUCAGUCAGGGAGGACAAUUACUUUUCCCUCAGUCAAAGAAUGACAUAUGGUCUGACUGCACAAAGAAUAGCCACAUCUCAAGACCUACUAGGGGAAAUGCUGUUGUGUUCUUCAAUCUACACCUCGAUGCAACUCCCGAUAGGAGUAGUCACCACGCUCGAUGUCCUAUCCCCAAGGGUGAUUUGUGGUUCGCCACCAAAUUCUUUUAUCUGGAAAGCAUAAGCACUGGGAUGAAUCUGCCCAAAUUGGACGAUGCUGAUUGCAGCGAUGAGGAUGAAAACUGUCCUGGCUGGGCUGCCAUGGGUGAGUGCCUCAAAAAUUCUGUUUUCAUGGUUGGUUCUCCUGACUACUGUGGGACGUGUAGGAAGAGUUGCAACGCGUGCUAGUUUCGAUUGCUUGUAUCUCCUUUCGUCUUCUGUUCACCCGCAGCUAUCACACAGAUCCCUUCUACUCUUCUUUAAAAUUUGUAUUCAUGAAUCUGCCUUUUCUGCA